AUGCAAAUUUUUUGCAGAAAAGUUAAGGAUAUUUGUAAAGAAGAAAAGCUGGAGGAAAAAAGCAACAAACUGGAGGAAGUUGAUCUCAGUGAUCAGCAUGGCCUCAUUGCCAUGACGGAAGCGCAUAACAAAGUUGUUGAUUCAAGUUCGGUUUUACCGUUAGAAAAAAAUGGUAUAGCACCAAUGAAGAAAACAUCGAAAAAUGUUACGUGUACAAAAUCAACAGCUUGUUUUUUAUUUUUGAUAGCGCUGAUAUCGAUGAUCUUAUCAUCGUUUAUCACCUACUGGCUAACGAAAGAAGCAUAUGAUCGGUCAAUUCAGAUCAGGCCAUUUAUCGAAGAGCAAAGCGCACUAGUGAAUUCAACUAUGGAUGAAUUUAUGAUUGAGGAAGAUUCUACGGGUCCUUCUGCUGCUGAAUUACGACUACCAAAAUCUAUUAUACCUAUAUGGUAUAAUUUGACAUUAAAAGCAUACUUGCCUGGUUAUGUAGAAAUUCCUGCAAACAAGAAUUUGACCUUCGAAGCCGCACUUAUUAUCAAAUUUCGAGUAGAUGAAUCAACGGAUAGAAUUGUUCUCAAUGCACUGAAACUGAAUUUUCCUGAUGAUUUAGAAAAGAUCAAAAUUUUACAAGAUACAGUUGCUCAAGCAAAAACAGAUGAAAAUUUUGAAAUGGAUCAAAUGACCGCUACUGAAAGUGAUAUGCAUAAUUUAGCAUUUACUUCUAAAACAGAAAACUUUGAUCGGCCAAAUGAAACUAAAAAACAACAACCAAUUAGUACAAAAACAAUAGCUAAUGUUCAGGUAAGAGAAAUUGUAAUCAACGAAACAUUGGAAAUGAUAACAAUGUAUCUCAGUGGUUCGCUUAAUGCAAAUGAACAAUAUUACAUACAAAUGCCAUAUACAGGUCCAAUUGAUCUGAAACUUGCUGGAUUAUACUUGAAUCGAUAUCAGGACAAUCAUGAACGAACAAGGUAUGCAGCGGUGACACAAAUGGAACCAACAGAUGCACGUCGAAUGGUUCCUUGUUUUGAUGAACCUGAAUUCAAAGCAGUCUGGAGAAUUAAGGUCAUUCAUCCUGCAGGCACUUUCGCUGUUUCAAAUGGAAUAGAAUUAAAAAAUGCUGAAAAAACGGAUAAUCCUGAUUGGGUAGUUACUUCCUUCAUGGAAUCGCCACCAAUGUCAUCGUAUUUGCUAGCUAUAGCAAUCACGGAUUUUGCUUUCAUCGAAGGCAUUACAAAAAAGGGCACGAGAUUCCGAAUUUGGUCUCGUGAAGAAGCUGUAAACCAGACAGCUUACGCACUUCGUGCUGGAAUUGCAGCUUUAGAAUUUUAUGAAAAUUAUUACAACAUUCCAUUUCCACUUAAAAAACAAGAUAUGAUGGCUUUACCAGAUUUUGCCGCGGGAGCAAUGGAAAAUUGGGGCUUAAUCACAUAUCGUGAACAGUAUUUACUGUAUGAUGAGCGACUGUAUUCACCGUAUCAAAAAGCAAGUGUUGCUCUAGUAGUAGCUCAUGAACUAGCUCAUCAGUGGUUUGGUAAUUUGGUAACUAUGAAAUGGUGGAAUGAUUUGUGGUUGAACGAAGGUUUUGCUACAUUUAUGCAAUAUUUAGGAGCAGACGCAAUAAGUAAAGGACACUUUCGUAUGACUGAUUAUUUCUUGCAAGACGCUGUACAACUAGCUUAUCGACGUGAUGGACAAGCAACUUCCCAUCCCUUAUCAUUUCCUAUUGAUAAAGCAGAGGAUGUUAGCGAAGCAUUUGAUUCUAUUACUUAUGAUAAGGGUUCUGCAAUAAUUUAUAUGAUUCAACAUGUUAUGGGAUCAGAAGUUUUCAAGAAAGGUUUAAAUGAUUACUUAGAAAGCUAUAAGUACAAUAAUGCUGAUCAUGAUGACUUAUGGAGUGCACUAAAUAAAGUUGUACCAGAAUCUUUACUUUCGUGGGAAGGUGAAAGACUUGAUAUUCGAGAUUUUGCUUCUAAAUGGACUCAGCAGAUGGGUUAUCCUAUAGUUGAAGUAUACCGGAUUGAUGAUAACAAAAUUGAUUUACGUCAAAAACGCUUUAAAUGGGAUGCGGAUGCUCUUGAACGUAAAAAAUUCCGCAAUGCUAAAUUUUGGUAUAAAUAUGAUAUUCCAAUUUGGUAUUCAUUAAAUGGACAAGAAAUGCCAAUGACUUGGCUACAUGAAUCUCAAGAACUGGAUGUAAGCCGAAAUGAUUUACUAAUUUUAAAUUCCGGUUCAAAAGGAUUUUAUCGUGUUAAUUAUAAUUUGGAGUUAUGGCAAAAAAUAAUUGAUAAAUUACACACUGAUCCAAAGCAAAUUGACGUGCGUUCACGUGCCCAAAUAAUAAACGACGCUUUUUCUCUUGCUGAAGGCAAUUUUAUUUCAUACGAAAUUCCUCUAAAUUUGACAAAAUAUUUAUCAAUGGAGGAAGAAUUUUUACCAUGGAGAAUGGCUUUAAUUGGUUUCAGUACUAUUGUUUCAAAUUUUAAUGAUGAACCCGAAACACAACACGUUAGAGAUUAUUUGAAUUCACUGAUUAGUCCAAUGUAUAAUCGAAUUGACUGGAAAACGUUGGAAACUUCAUAUUUAGACGAAACGAUGUUUUUUGAAAAUGAAUUACAAUAUGAAAUUAUUGGACAAAUGUAUCAUUUACGGGCUAUAAAUUGUACAGAAAGAUUGUAUGGGUUAUUCCAGAAAAUGCUUAUGGAUGAAUGUCAAGAUCAACAUGCAAUGAGCAGUGAAUGUAGCAAAGUUCCAGUACCCAUUCGUCUACAAGUAUAUUGUGAAGGAGUAAGAGUGGGUGCAGAAAGAGUAUGGAAUAAAAUGUUUGAUUUGUACAAAAAUGAACGAGUUCAAGUGGAACGCAAUCGUUUGUUACGAGCUCUUACGUGUUCUCGUGACUCAUUUACUCUCAAAACACUAUUAAAGUUAGCCUCAAAUUUGAACGAUUCAUCAAUCCGAUUACAAGAUACACCAACUGUGUUUGCAAGUGUAGGGGUUGGAGAUGUUGGACGUUUGAUCAUUUUUGAUUAUUUUCAAGAUAAUUGGGCUCAAAUUCAUAAUGACAUGAAGGAUCAGCAAACUCUUUUACGGAAAGUAAUAUCCAGCUCAACAUUAAUAUCAAAUGAAAGACGAAUUAGUCAACUCGAAACUUUCAUUAAAAAAUAUCGGAAGGAUACGAGUAAAUUGGACGUAUUUGGACAACGAUUGGAAGAAGGAAGAACUGCUAAGGUCGGUUUACUGAAUCGCUUUUCAUUUUGA